CACACAUCCACAGAUAUCCACAGUUAUGCAACUAGUUAUCCAACUAGGAUUAUAAAGGUUAUAGGAUUAUAAACAUUAUAAAGGAUUAUAAAGGCACACAUUGACAUAGACCACUGUUGCACCGUUGCUAUCCAAGUAGCAUUAUAGAGGCACACAUCCACAGAUAUCCACAGUUAUCCAACUAGUUAUCCAACUAGGAUUAUAAAGGUUAUAGGAUUAUAAACAUUAUAAAGGAUUAUAAAGGCACACAUUGACAUAGACCACUGUUGCACUGUUGCUAUCCAAGUAGCAUUAUAGAGUACAACCAUGCUGGCCCAAUACAUUGAACACGGGGACGUACAAGGAGCCAUUGACAUUUUCAACAACCAAAACAUACAAGACAUCACCAUCAGUGAACUCGUUGCCAACCCGGAUCUCUCCGAUGAAUCACGCAUGACAGCAGAAAUCCUGAAAAUAAAGAAAAACAAAUCACGCAAGCCCACACAGCCUGGAAAAGCAAGCAAACUGGACAAGCCGUAUGACAGGCUAAUCCUCCUGAGAGACAUCAGAGAAGGAUCCCUCUUCUACAUUAUGACAGAAACUUCUCUACAGAGCAAACUCCUCUUCAAAGUGCAGAAUGUGCCAUGGGUUGGAGCCACUGUUGGUCUGUUUGAACCAGAGCGCAAAUCAUCCAUCAAAAAUGUACCGACCCUGACUGUGGAACAGCCACUACUCCCACUGAAACCCACCAUGACGAUCCGCCAAACACGACCAUAUGUCAUGGAAUAUGUGGACACAAUGGUACCGAAGGCCAUCUUCGUCACAAAUGCUGAUAUCCGCAUUACAAAAGCCAACAUUAUCACUGGCUGCGGGGCACAACUUUGUGAUGGACAGCAUGACGAGCCGUCACCAUGCCCAGCAUUAGUUACAGAGGACAUCAACACACGCCUCCUAUCCUGCCGCAUCACCUCAGCAACAGCUAACAUAUCACGAGUGGCGUUCAAGUCGACUAACUUCACGAAGUUGUUCCUGACCUCAGCUGCCAUGAAGACAACCAGUACACCUAUCCCCAUGCUAGAAUUCAGGGCAGCAAUCACUAAUGUGCUGCAGCACUAUGCUACCAACAACAUCUCUUGGGAAAUCUGCGGCUGGUACAAGCCUGGUAUUAAAGCCACCGACGAAGAAGUGCAGCCGCCCACAUUCCACAUCACGUCUGUCCGACCAGCUGCAAUCCUCGAGGACGCCCCACUGUACCACCUACCACACAUUGCCAAUCCACGCCUCCAAGUUGAAAUAGCAGUCGAACGUCCCUGCCAAUUGCGCAUCGGCCACAACCAAAGGCCAACAGCAGCACGACGACCGCAACCAGACCUGGCGAACAAUCCGGCGCCUUCGACAUCCCGGCAAAAAUCACCAGACCUGCCCGACAUACGUUCCACAACAAGGAGACCAAAACGCCCUGCACCCAGCCUCGUCAUUCAGCGCUCAAGCACAUCAACCAGGCAGCAAAGCACACCACCAACUUCGCACGUGUCCGAUGACAACUAACUUACUCCUACCAUGGCCAUCAUGUACCACAGUUCAGGGAAUAGACUUUCAUAACGAUCGAAUCUCAAACUACGCAGCUCUUACUUAAUCCACAUCAGACAUUCCUUUCUUCAGAUAUCAUGUCUCAUUCUUGCCUCACCGGAGACAGUCUGUACUGUACAACCAAAUCAUAAUGCUCAAAUUAUACACUAUUUACAUACCGUCCAUGUGACUAAUUACCUCAAAGUGCUGCUCCGUUUGUGGCAACUUCUGGUAACCUACCACACGGAAAACAUAACACUGCUGAUAUUGUUCACUGCUCAUGUUGGUAACAUAAACUCAUCAUAUACAGUAGUGCUCAGCAUUUUUUUGGACAUUUUCUACAUUUAAAGUCAUUUCCCUCUUGCCUUCUCCUCGCCUCUAUGCAGCCUUUUGGUUAUGCUCAAAACAUCCUGCUCUUCCCAAGUCAGUCAUAUUAUCCACUUCCAUUGUCCAUGCACAAGUUCCUGAACACUACUGUACGCCACUCAUCCACAUGACUAGUCAUUUGCCAACAUGUUCCCACAGUGAAUGCAUAAUCUAUAUCAUAAUACUAUAAGGCGGCUCGCUAAAGUGCCAUUUGGGGGUCGUGUUUCGUCUCGAAAUUUUGCACGUUUGCAGGUGAUAUGUUAUCCUGAUGCAACGUCAUGUUUAUUUUCGGAAAUUUACUUCAGCGGAGCAGUAAUGAGGGAUUUUUAAUCAGACACGGUCAAUUCUCCUUAUCACUCACGGAAGCCAAGCCAUUGCUGUUCAGUUAUGCAGGGGAUUAAUGAAUCACCUGCACUCCCUGUGGGGUGACUAACACUACCUGUUGAACGGCUGGCUAUAGGGGGAUGAUUGGAACAGCCUGUACACGUGUUGACCUGCUGAACCAAGGUUAAUGUUAUUUUCAAUCCACGAUUGUAGGUCACCUGAUCUUCGAGAUUUCGCGGGAAAGAAAUUGUAAACAAACGCAUGUGUGCAGUUCAAAUGUAAACAAAAAUGUAUUUUGAUACUUUUGGUUGCUGGACUUGGGUUUUCCCGCAGUAAGGAGCUGGGGUCAAAUUGAUGGUCUAUCGUAUAUUGGUACUGUAUUAGCCAGAGCAAGCCCUUGAUUAUGAAGGGAUUUUCAAAUUAAGGUUACAAUGGUAUGUUUAUGUGCUCACCACAGCUUUCAAAACUUGAUGUAUCUGAAGAGGCACUCUGAACUUGGCAUGGCCUUAUCAAGGAGCUGCUCACGGUGCUGAACUUCUAGCUUGCCUGUCAACUAAGUGCCUUGCCCGAGAUCAUGCUACAUGUAGGAGGAGCACGCAUUUUAAAGUUUUAGUAGUGAUAGUGCAAUUGGUCCGAGCCAUUUGGAGGCCGACAUAUGAAGGCCUAUCUGGGUUCUCCUUCAUCUCCGUAUAAAAAGGGGCAUAUUGCUGACUAAGGAACGAGGUAUAUUCACAUUGCCUCAUCAUCUCAUUCGGACCAAUUGAUUUACUUUUAUAUGCACGCAUACAGCACGCCACAGGGUCCGAGUCUGUGGACAAAUGGUUGGUUUAAUUUGUCUCUUCGAUAUUGCUCCUUUGAUAUUGCAUUAUAUUUUCAUUGCAAUUCAAUCUAUUCAAGGUAUAGCCCAUUUGAACCUGCCUGCGCCACGGGUACACUGCUAGUACUGCUGAUAAUAGUGAUAUUGUUAUCUCCUCAUUGUAAAUAUGUUAUACGUUGUUCAAAUUUUAAACAUGUCAAUAUCGCUCACACGCUCGAGUCAUACACCUCAAUUGACUUUUUAAAGGGGGACUAUAGGCAGCGACAGGGGGGUGAGGUUGACUAUCUUUUGAUGACUGAUAUGCCCAAUAAGGGCACUUGGUCAUGUUUGAUGCAGCUCUUAAUACAUUCCAUGUACAAGUGAACAUUUCCACGUACUGUGAGAUAUGACUGACCCCUAUUGGCAAAUUUGUAUCACUUUAUCUUGCCUACCUAGCUGCUGCCUAUAGUCUCCCUUUAACUGCGGAACACUUCAAAGUCCAUAAAAUGCCAUGUUCCACCUUUUAAUGUGUUCAGACCGCCAUUUUCAAAAUAAUCAAGUGAGGACACUGCCUUCUAGUCUCAUAAUACAUUUUGCUUUCCUCAAUAAUAACAUUUCUUCUUCUUCAAUGCUUUCAUCAUUCCAAACUUCUCCUCCUCUGACUUUUACAGGGGUACAGUCAUGACAAUCAAAACCCAAAUACUGACACCAAAUGCCUGUUGACUGUGCUUUAAGAGAGACUGGCGCCAUAACACUGCUGAUAUUGUUCACUGCUCAUGUUGGUAACAUAAACUCAUCAUAUACAGUAGUGCUCAGCAUUUUUUUGGACAUUUUCUACAUUUAAAGUCAUUUCCCUCUUGCCUUCUCCUCGCCUCUAUGCAGCCUUUUGGUUAUGCUCAAAACAUCCUGCUCUUCUCAAGUCAGUCAUAUUAUCCACUUCCAUUGUCCAUGCACAAGUUCCUGAACACUACUGUACGCCACUCAUCCACAUGACUAGUCAUUUGCCAACAUGUUCCCACAGUGAAUGCAUAAUACUGCUGAUAAUAGUGAUAUUGUUAUCUCCUCAUUGUAAAUAUGUUAUACGUUCUUCAAAUUUUAAACAUGUCAAUAUCGCUCACACGCUCGAGUCAUACACCUCAAUUGACUUUUUAAAGGGGGACUAUUGGCAGCGACAGGGGGGUGAGGUUGACUAUCUUUUGAUGACUGAUAUGCCCAAUAAGGGCACUUGGUCAUGUUUGAUGCGGCUCUUAACCCUUUUACUGCCGGCCAAUUUUAAUUUCCAUGAACCCCAACUGCCGGUAGAUUCUAUUGUUUUUACAGUAAUUAAGGCAGCAUAUUUCACCAGCCUAGUGAGAGAAAACCAUUGGAGAUACAGCCAAACAAUGUAUAUGAAAGUUGUUCAGUAUGACCCCCUCUUUCAAUUGGGGUAAAAAAAUUGGGAGUUCUGACCUAAUUUGCAUACCGCCAUCUUGAAUUUAUAAUGAGGACGGACAAAAAAUCUCAAAGAAACACUAUAAUUGACUCAAACUCAAUUCUUUUUUCAAAUAAAACUGUUUGAACAAUAGUAAUAAUGUCUUUUCUUUGUUUUUCCUGAAUGGGAACCCUGAAUUUGUUUGUGUCCUGCCUAAAAUGCGAAAUAAUGCCAUGGUAGAGGAGGUAUCCAUGUGCGGAAAUUUUCAAAAUAUCAAGUUUUCGCAUCUCGUCUCUUUGAUUAUUGUAGAACAUCAGCUACAGCAGGAGCAGCAGGAUUAGGAACAACAUCCUGCUCAUCAUCAGAAUCCAUUUCACUAUCAGCAGGAUUGUCCUCAAUGGGAGAAUCAGGCCUAGGCAUAGGUUGGACAUUUGGCACUUCUGGGACACCCUGUGUAGUGCCUACAUCGUCAUGUACAUCGCUAUACACACUGUCACUAUCGCUUUCAGCAUCGUCAUUAUUUACAUCGUAUUCUGGAUCCGAAUCACUAUCUACGAACUCCUCACCUGAAUCAGAAUCAUUCACUACAUCUAGUUCGUCCAGAACCUCCGUCAGUGACAAUCUUUUUGCCAUUUCACCAACUUCAAACUCAAUUUUCUCCCAAAAGUUGUACAGGUCGAUAUACCAUGGGCGCCGCCAUUUGCAAGCUCUAUCAUCGUACUACAACGCCAUCUACGAACUUCUUGAAAAACUACGCUAGUCUUCGUGUUAUCUGUUGAUUUUUAGUGAUACACAGAAUGUCGCAUUUUUGCGACUUCGGCAGUAAACGGAAAAUAAUGGUUGUCGCAGAAGUGCGACUUCGGCAGUAAAAGGGUUAAUACAUUCCAUGUACAAGUGUGAACAUUUCCACGUACUGUGAGAUAUGACUGACCCCUAUUGGCAAAUUUGUAUGACUUUAUCUUGCCUACCUAGCUGCUGCCUAUAGUCUCCCUUUAACUGCGGAACACUUCAAAGUCCAUAAAAUGCCAUGUUCCACCUUUUAAUGUGUUCAGACCGCCAUUUUCAAAAUAAUCAAGUGAGGACACUGCCUUCU